AUGGGGGUUUUUGGGGUGACCCCCAGCGCUGACAUCCUUCACCCACAGAAUUCCAUGAACCUGCCCCCGGACAAGAUGAAGCUGCUUAACCAGUACGACAACGAGAAGAAGUGGGAGCUGAUCUGUGACCAGGAGCGUUUCCAGGUGAAGAACCCUCCAUCCGCCUACAUCCAGAAGCUGAAGAGCUACUUGGACACGGGUGGUGUCAGCAGGAAGUUCAAGAGGCGAGUGCAGGAGUCCACACAGGUGCUCCGGGAGCUGGAGAUCUCCCUGAGGACCAACUACAUCGGCUGGGUCCAGGAGUUCCUCAACGAGGAGAACAAGGGACUGGACGUGCUGCUGGAGUACCUCGCCUUUGCCCAGUGCUCUGUCGCGUAUGACAUGGAGAGCGCAGAGAACAGCCCCGGCUCUGACAAGGGCAAGGAGCGGUCGCUGGAGGAUCUGAACAAAAGCACCUCCUCGUCCCCCACCCAGGGCUCCUCCAAGCCGCGGCCCCUCACUGUAAGGCUGAACCCCUCGCACAGCAGGAAGACGCUGCGCAACUCGCGGCUCGUCAGCCAGAAGGACGAUGUCCAUGUGUGCAUCAUGUGCCUCCGCGCCAUCAUGAACUACCAGUCUGGCUUCAGCCUGGUGAUGAACCACCCAGCCUGUGUCAACGAGAUCACCCUGAGCCUCAACAACAAGAGCGCCAGGACCAAGGCUCUGGUGCUGGAGCUGCUGGCUGCUGUCUGCCUGGUCCGAGGUGGCCACGACAUCAUCCUGGCUGCCUUUGACAACUUCAAGGAGGUCUGCGGGGAGAAGAACCGCUUCGAGAAGCUGAUGGAAUAUUUCCGAAAUGAGGACACCAACAUUGACUUCAUGGUGGCCUGCAUGCAGUUCAUCAACAUCGUGGUGCACUCGGUGGAGAACAUGAACUUCCGCGUGUUCCUGCAGUACGAGUUCACCCACCUGGGGCUGGACCAGUACCUGGAGACUCUGCGCCUCACUGAGAGCGACAAGCUGCAGGUGCAGAUCCAAGCCUACCUGGACAAUGUCUUCGACGUGGGGGCCAUGCUGGAGGACUCGGAGACCAAGACGGCGGUGCUGGAGCACAUGGAGGAGCUGCAGGAGCACGUCAGCCAGUUGACAGAGAAGCUGCAGGAUGCGGAGAACGACUCCAUGGCCAAGAUAGCGGAGCUGGAGAAGCAGCUGAGCCAGGCGCGGCGGGAGCUGGAGGCGCUGCGGGAGCAGCUGAGCCCCCCGCGGCCGCCCAGCCCGCCGUCCCCGCAGCCCCAGGAGUGCUACCGGCUGGCGCUGGAGCGGCGGCUGGCGGAGCUCGAGGAGAAGGGGCUGGUGCAGAUUCUGCGUGGGCCCGACGGAGACGUCGCCAUCGAAAUUGUCCCCGUUGUCAUAGAAACCCCCGCAACCCCCGAGGCCGCUGCCACCACCGACACCACCGCCACCUGCACAGAGAGCAUGGUGGUGGCACCGUGCCCUGCUGUGUCACUGUCUCACCCACCUCUUCUUUCCCUUGCAGAUGCUCCGGCUCUGGCUCCAGCCCCACCUCCCCCACCAGCACCUGCGCCANNUCCCCCACCGCCUGCACCCCCUCUGCCCACAGGCACUGUCCCCCCACCAGCUCCCCCCCUCCCGGGUGCCCCAGUGCCACCACCCCCCCCACCGCUCCCGGGGGGUCCAGAGGGCCUCGUGCCUCCCCCUCCACCACCCCCACCCCUCUGUGGGGAGCCCCCAGCCGGGCCGGGUGCCCCCCCCACUGCCAACAGUUCAGUGAAGGUGAAGAAGCCGAUCCAGACCAAGUUCCGCAUGCCCGUCUUCAACUGGGUGGCCCUGAAGCCGAGCCAGAUCGACGGCACCGUCUUCACCGAGCUCAAUGAUGAGAAGGUGCUGCAGGAGCUGGACAUGAGUGACUUUGAGGAGCAGUUCAAGACCAAGGCGCAGGGCCCCGCCCUGGACAUCAGUGCCCUCAAGGCCAAGGCCACGCAGAAGGCCCCCAGCAAGGUGACCCUGAUGGAGUCCAACCGGGCCAAGAACUUGGCCAUCACCCUGCGCAAGGGUGGCCGCAGCGUCCAGGACAUCUGCACGGCCAUCGAGACGUAUGACCAGCAAGCCCUGAGCCUCGACUUCCUGGAGCUGCUGCUGCGCUUCCUGCCCACCGAGUACGAGCGGACCCUGAUCGGGAAGUUCGAGCGGGACCAGCAGCCGCCGGAGGAGCUCUCGGACGAGGACCAGUUCAUGAUCCGCUUCAGCAAGAUCCCGCGCCUGGCCGAGCGCAUGAACGUCAUGAUCUUCCUGGGCAGCUUCGGCGACACGGCCCAGCUGCUGAUGCCGCAACUCAACGCCAUCAUCGCCGCCUCCAUGUCCCUCAAAUCCUCCAGCAAACUGCGCCACAUCCUCGAGAUUGUCCUGGCCUUCGGGAACUACAUGAACAGCAGCAAGCGUGGAGCUGCCUACGGCUUCCGGCUGCAGAGCCUUGAUGCGCUCCUCGAGAUGAAGUCCACAGACCGCAAGCAGACGCUGCUGCAUUACCUGGUGCGGGUGAUCAUGGAGAAGUACCCAGAGCUCACCGGCUUCCACACCGAGCUGCACUUCCUUGACAAGGCAGGCACAGUGUCCCUGGAUGGUGUCCUGCAAGACGUGCGAAGCCUGCAGCAGGGCAUGGAGCUGACCCGCAGGGAGUUCAUGAGACAGGACGACAGCCCCGUGCUCAAGGACUUCCUCAAGGUCAACUCCGAGGUGAUGGAGAAGCUGCAGGCUGACAGCAAAACCGCCAAGGAAGCGUAUGAGUCAGCUGUGGAGUAUUUCGGGGAGAACCCCAAGACCAGUCCCCCCACCACCUUCUUCCCCAUGUUCAUGCGCUUCAUCAAAGCCUACAAGAAAGCAGAGCAGGACAUCGAGCUGUGGAAGAAGCAAGAGGCCGCAGCCAAAGAGGCGGAAUCUGGCUCCCCUGGCAGUGAGCAGCAGCCCGAGCUGCCUGUCCAGAAGGCCAGGAGGCAGCAGAUGGACAUGAUAGCUGAGCUGAAGAAGAGGCAGAUGGUGAAGGAGCCACUCAUCUACGAAGGAAAAGAUGGGGCCAUUGAGGAUAUAAUUUCAGAUCUGCGGAACAACCCGUACCGCCGGGGGGACAAGGCCCGCGGCAGCGCCAAGAAACGGGCGGCGGGGCAGAGCCUGCAGGCGACGCCGGACAUCGCGCUGUGACCGGCGCCGUCCCUGCGGCUGCAGCACCGGGGCAGGACCAUCCUCCCGACGCAGAUGGGACCGCAGGAUGGCAGUCCCUCGGCCCGGGGCUCGGCGGGGCGGAGGGACAGAGCCCGCUCCGAGCUGCUCCAGCCGCUUAACGUGCCAGCUCCGCCUUGCCUGCCUGGGCCGGGCACCGGCACCCCCGGCGCUUGCUUGGCCGUGUUCCUGAGCUCCUCCCUCCAGGCUGGCAGGGCUGGGGGGCCCUCCUGGCUAAGGACAGGGAGGGGGAAGCACAGAAAAGGCCCCAGCUUGUCCUGGAAGGAAAAGAAGGGCUGUCCCAUCCCUACCCUGGCGCUGCUCCCUGGCUCGCCGGCCGCGGGGCCAGCCCAGUGUCCCGUGUCCCACCCUCCGCUUGCUGGUGCCUUUGAUUGCCGCUGCGGGAGGGCAGGGCUGUCAGCCAGGGACACAACGCUGCGCGCACAUCUCCCCCGCACAUCUCCCCGGCCCGCAGAGCCCCGAGCCCCGCGUUCUCCUGCGCUGCGGAGCCAGCGAGGAGCUGCUGCAAAGCUCCCACCCCGGGCACCUCCCGGAGCCAGGGGCUGGCAGCGGUGCUAUUUUACAUGAUUUUAUAAGUCUUCCUUCAAAUUUCUCUGUGCUGCGGCAGCAGGGAUUGGAACACCCCCACACAGGGUGUCCCCAAGGCGAGCAGCGCUGGGCUCUUCCUCGCGCAGGGGAGGCUCCGUAGCUGCGACAAUCAGCAGCAGGGACAAGUUUCUCUGCGAGGUGGUGGAACCUCCGCCCGCCUGCAUCCCCAGCAUCCGCCUGCACUGUCGGGCUGCAGCCUCUGGGAUGAACCGGGACUGUCAGCCCUGCGGGGCUCCCCGUUUUCUCGGGUGGGACACGCAGGAGAUGCCGGCAGCCCCCAGCCCCGCGAUCCCAAAGGCUGCGGGGUCCCUGCUGCCCCAGAGCCGCACGAACCUCUCGGUACCGGACCGGACCCGGCUGUCGCUCCCUCCCCUGCCCCGCUGCUGCUGCUGCUGAGUAACCCCGAGCCCGCAGUGCCGCAAUUAAACCUCUCCUGCUGCAUUUACUCCGGCAAGCUGCCCCCGCUCGUUCCGAUGCGAGGACGCUCCUCCCUCCUCCCGUCAUUUCUCGCUCGUCCCAGCUUUAGCCAGAGCAGCCGCUGCUUCCUGCUGUAUUUUAGCUGCUUCAGCGCCGGCUCCGCGUCCGGGGAGGGAUGGGAAAUGAAUGUGUAACUUAUAAAUGCCUUUAAGCCAGAAAUGUAAACCAUUAACUGCUCAUUUGUAUACAUUAUUUUUAUAUACUGAAGGCCUGUUUAAUCUAAAGCAGAACUGGUAAUAAAACGUCUCAGAGGA